GUCUUGAGUUUGUCAACCUAUUGCAUGAGCUUCUCUUGUGCCCAUCCGUCACCCAACGCCCACGGCCGCGCUCAGCGACAGACUCGGUACCAAAGGCGAUCUCGGCUACGAUUCCCGUCUGUCCUUCACGCAAGGCAGUAAGGUUUGGUGCGGCCCGCCUCUGUGCCGUAAGCACCGCUUUGAGUUAGCGGGGACACUCCUCUUCCUCACCGACCCCCUUCAUGACUCUGCAAGAUACGACCAAGUUCCGAACUUCCGCUGAGGACGUUACAAAUCCGUGUGCAGACCUCCCCAAAGCUUCUGCCUUUGGCAUCACGACGACGGUUUCCGGAGGUUCCUCCCAAUUGUUGACCAACCUCUCUCCGGCUUCUGGUCGCUCGGUUCCGGUUACUCAUCUCAACCAUCUCCAGGCAAAGGACCGGACGAAAACUCACCACCUCUCAGACCAAACUGCUGGGACCCAGGACGGAAGACUCCCAGGCGUCUGGGCGCCGAAUAGCGGACGGUAUGGUCCAAUAGCCAACAAGGCGCCUCACGAACAUCUUGGUGCUCUCUCGAUUCCGCCUAUCUCGGGGCACUCUGGCCACCCGCAGCCGUUAGCAACACCACCCUUCGAAGUUGGACCAGGAGGCGCGCAGCUUACACCAGGAAAAAGGAUCACCGCCGAGGACAAACCAGAGUUGCGACCGUUCGAUUCCCCCUCGACAAAAACGCUUUUAGUGGCACACGGCGGUCUUCACCUACCACCCUUACCACAAACCCCCGGCGAACUCGUUUCCCACUUGCCCGGAGUCUCGUCUCCUCUGUUCUUCUCACACCGAGCCAGGCAACAACCCCCGACUCCCCGCAUGCCCGGCCUCUUCGCAAACGGCAUUGCCGCUCCCAUCAUGAGUAUCGUUCAAGAAACGCAAGAUGGAGUUACGACCCUGCGCCUGCCGAAGGGUCAUGUCAUCGCCACCACGGCGCAGGGUUCAAACAGGUCUUCAAGCACUCCUGGAAGCUGGACUUCAUCAGAAUCCCUAGAUGGCACGAUGCGUAGUCUGGAUGGCAGGCCUCUCGCAAUAGUCGCGCCGGCGCUCCAGGCGAUACCUGCCACUGAACUCUUGGACCAAGACCCCAGGCCGGUAUUUAUCGUCGACCUUACAAACCCUUUCAAUGUCAGCUCGGGCUUGUUGCACAUUGUGUAUGCUAACCCUUCCCUCAAAGCCUCCACUAGUGUUUUGGAGCUCCUCAAUGGGGACACGACAGAUGCAGAAGCAGAUAGUUUCGAUUUCGCCCAUUUCAAGCAUUGGGUGAUGAGUCCCGAGGCAAACACCGACUCGAUCCGCUUGGCUCCGACAUGCACAACGUUUGGCGGAAUCAAUUGGACGUGUUCGACUCUCAGAAAGCGGUUUCGAGUUGUCACAGGACAUAGCAACAUCGUCUCCGUGACACCGACGACGCCGAGCCCCAAAACACAGCUGCCCCCAGUCCUGAGCCGGAGUUCACGCGGCUCAAUAUCAGCACGCGAACUUUCGCCCGAGCGUGGAGAUGCUGUGGAUUAUUUCGGUCCGAUGGAGGAAGUCGGUUCACCGCGCCCAAGGUCAUAUUCGGAGCCUAGGAGUCCUUCGAGGACAAUCAUCGACACCUCCCUGGCAGGUCUGAACGAACUGCCUAUGGUUAUCCCCAUGUCGCAGGUUUAUACGACUUUCGACUGGACGCGAAUUCCCGUCGACGACCCAAAUCUUGGCCCUCAUCACCGCUUCGCACGCUCUGUGGACUGGGCAUCUACGCCCUUGGGGCCUGUUGAGGAGUGGCCAGCGGAUCUGCGCAUCAUGUCAAAUAUGAUCAUGGGCAGCCCCCAUCCAGCAGCGUUGUAUUGGGGUGAGGAGUUUGUCGCCAUUUACAACGAAGCCUACAUUGCGCUUGCCGGGAAGAAACAUCCGCAGUUGAUGGGCGCCAAGUACAAAGAUGCGUGGGCAGAAAUUUGGGAUGAGAUCGAACCAGUCUUCGAUGCCGCAUGGAAUGACGGUAGCGCGACGAUGAAGCACGAUGACGGGUUGUUCAUAACACGGCAUGGAUUUUUGGAGGAAACCUUUUUCAACUGGGGUAUCAUUCCCUUGGUCGGCGGUGACGGCACGGUUGUCGCACUUUACAACCCAGCCUUCGAAAACACUCGGCGGAAGAUCAACGAGCGGCGGAUGCUGACCCUUCGCGAGGUGGGAGUAAGGACGUCGGAGGCUCGCGACGUGAAAGGCUUCUGGAGUCUGCUUCUGCAGGGUCUAGAGUACAAUGGACUCGAUGUGCCUUUUGCCCUCGUUUAUUCGGUUACGGAGGAUCCCGAGAGCGAGGUUGCGUCUAUCAACUCUGGCAGUGUUACGAAUCCACCUCAGAUCACACUGGAGGGCUCCGUCGGUGUUCCCGAGGGACAUCCCUCUGCUGUUCAAUCGAUUGACUUGCGUACCAGCGAUGAGGGUUUUGCGCCAUAUAUGAGAGACUCCAUGGCACAUCCAGGCAACCCCAUUAUUCUUAGCGAAGACGAUGGCAGCUUACCCCACAAGUUGAUCAAAGGUUUUGACUGGAGAGGAUUUGGUGACCCUUGUCGGACGAUUGUUGUCUUUCCCGUCCAUCCUACGACGGCUGGAGAUAUGGUUGUUGGAUUCAUCGUGCUUGGUGUUAACCCCCGACGGCAGUACGAUGAGGAUUUUGAGCUAUUCGUCAACCUGCUCUCCCGCCAACUUGCGACAAGUAUGGCGUCGGUCUUUUUAUACGAGGAGGAAAUAAAGCGAGGUCAGCGGGCUGCACGCUUAGCUGCUCUGGAUAGGCAACAGCUUUCAAUGCAGCUUCAUCUUCGAACACAAGAGGCUGUUGAAAGUGAAUAUCGCUUUGCGCGCAUGGCAGAACUGGGCCCGGUUGGUUUGUUCAUCGCCGACAGUCAUGGACGCAUCAACUACUGUAACGAGAUGUGGUGGAGGAUCUCUGGGCAUGAACGGAGCGCAAGCACUCUCGACGCUUGGAUGCAGAGCAUAAGGGACGAAGACCGCGAAGGCGUUGUGAAUGUCUGGCGUCACUUGGUCCAGGAGAAGGUACCGGUGACUUACGAGUUUCGAUUCAAUGGUACGCGGAAAAUUGUCGAUGGUCACACCGUUGAUACAUGGGCUCUGAUGAGCGCGUACCCUGAACGAGACGAAACCGGUGAGCUCAAGAGCAUCUUCGGAUGUAUAACCGAUAUUUCGCAGCAAAAGUGGGCCGAGGACUUCCAGAAACGAAGACGCGAUGAGGCUGUUGAACUCAAACGGCAACAAGAAAACUUCAUCGACAUUACCAGCCACGAGAUGCGAAAUCCUCUCAGUGCCAUUCUUCAGUGUGCCGACGAAAUCGCCUCGGGACUUAACAGGUUUCGACAAGAGAAUCCGGCGUUCCGAGGGCCCGACACUUUGGAGACGUUGGUUGAUAGCUGCCUGGAAGCUGCCAACACCAUUUCCCUCUGCGCCAGCCACCAAAAGCGAAUCGUCGACGACAUCUUGACUCUCUCGAAACUUGACUCGCAGCUCUUGCUUGUGACACCCGUCGAUGUUCAGCCAGUCCAGGUUGUGGAGGAAGUUUUGAAGAUGUUUGAAGCCGAACUCAAUUCCAAUGAUAUCACGGGUCAUUUCCAGAUCGAGCAGUCCUAUCGCAAUCUUGAAAUUGACUGGGUGAAGUUGGACCCAUCACGCCUAAAACAGGUCCUCAUCAACCUAAUGACUAACGCCAUCAAAUUCACCCAAGGCCGACCAACACGGGCAAUUACCAUUAACCUAGGUGCUUCAAAGGAUGUGUCAUCGGCCGGGCUUUCGUAUUUUCCACCACGGCAUCCAGACCAAGAAGAUCUUACGGACGACGCAGAGUGGGCUACCGGCGAGAAGAUCAACCUGCACUUGGCAGUUUCAGACACGGGACCGGGCUUAGAUGAGAAUGAGAAGAAGAUCCUCUUCCAGCGAUUUUCUCAGACUAGCCCCCGAACACACGUCCAAUACGGCGGCUCUGGCCUAGGCCUCUUCAUCUGCCGGAUACUAACCGAGCUGCAAGGCGGGCAGAUCGGAGUCUAUUCGGAGAAGGGCGAGGGAAGCACGUUUGCUUUCUAUGUCAAGAGUCGUAAAGCGGAGAACCCGCAGCCGGUUCCGACUGUUGUCGACAACUCGAUGUCCAUCCAGCCACUUCAGCAGCGCGUCAGUCCCCAAACACAGGGUCAGAUCAGCCACCGAUCAUCAUCGUCAGCCGCAUUCUCUCUGCUCGGACACGGCCGAUCACAUGCGCCACCUACUAGAACACAAUCCGCUCCCGUUCUCGCCGAUACCACCCAGACAAGAUCCCUUGACGUCCUCAUUGUCGAAGAUAAUUUGGUGAACCAGAGAGUCUUGCAGCGUCAGUUGCAAUUGUCGGGCAAUAACACGUUCGUGGCCAACCAUGGCGGAGAGGCCUUGGUGGAGUUGCGAAAGUCACGCUUCUGGAAUAAGGAGAUCGCUGCGACGGACGAUGCUGCAUCAGCGCUCCCGAGGAGCAACAAGAAGGCCGCAAACGAUGGCGGAACUGAUGGCUCGCCUGAUGGUGAAGAAAACAGCAACAACAACAUUUCGGUUAUUCUCAUGGAUCUCGAGAUGCCAGUCAUGGACGGAAUGAGCUGCACCCGCGAAAUUCGUCGUCUAGAAAAUGUGGGCGUCAUUACGCGGCAUAUUCCCAUUAUUGCCGUCACUGCGUACGCACGGCCUGAGCAGGUCGAGAGUGCCAUGGCCGCUGGUGUGGAUGACGUCAUUUCCAAACCGUUUAGACUACCCGAGUUGAUACCCAAGAUCGAAGAGUUGGUUCUCAAGUACGAUAGAGAGCCAUAGUGAUGGGCGGAUGGAUUAGGAACUAGGUUGCUGCCGCGAAGCUUCAGUUUGACGGUUCAUUACAUUCAAGCAUCUCCAGCUUCAUUCCAUCGCUACUACAAGCGCAAGGC